CAUAUAGCAAUACCUGUGGAAAAUUCCGUUUAACUUUUCUGAGAACAACAACAACAUGGCUACGAUCGGUGUCCGUCUGCCACGUCCAUUUGCGGACAUACCUCGCGUGGCUUUAAUGUACCCAUACCCCACACCGAUUGAACCAUUAAAUAAUCUCACACGCCACCUCUCACAACAAUCCAAAGAAUCCGGAACUAAAGAAACGCCCAAAAUAUGGAUUAAGCACGAAGAUUCCAAUAGCGCCCUCGCCUAUGGUGGAAACAAGGUCCGAAAGCUAGAGUACGUGAUCGCGGACGCUGUAGCAAAAUCAAGCACCCAUCUUGUCACUGUCGGCGGCGUCCAGAGUAACAGCCAGCGCCAAGUUGCUGCGGCAGGGAACCGGUAUGGCAUGCGAACGAUUUUGACUCCGGAUGCCUCGCUGGGGAAUCCUUCGAAGAGUGAUCGGGCGGCAUACCAUGUGGCCGGAAAUGUACAGAUUGCUUCGCUCUUGAAUGCCGAAUGGCGUCCAUCGACUGAGAAAGAUGCACAAGAAGCGAGGGACACGGGAGGUCUGUCAUAUGAUAUUGCUGCGCAGCGGGAGAUGGAGAAGGUAAGGGCGGAGGGAGGGAUGCCAUAUUAUAUACCUUCAGGAGCAUCGCUACAUCUCCUUGGGGGCUUGGGGUUUGCGCGAUGGGCUUUUGAACUCGAGCAGCAAGAGAAGGAGCUGGGUGUGCGGUGGGACGCUAUCGUCGUGUCCUGUGCGAGUGGCAGUACAUUGGGUGGGAUGGUGGCAGGGUUUAAGCUAAUUGAAAAGGAACGAAAGGCGAGUUACGAUGGAGCAGCGUCGAAGAAGAGAAGAGUUAUUGGCAUUCAGGCGACCAGCUGCGACAUCUCCGAAACCGAGAGAGUGGUCAAUAUUUCGGCCAGAAACACCGCGAGGCUUAUUGGGCUACAGGAGGACGAUAUCAAGAGUGAGGAUUACGAACUGAUAGGCGAGUACAAUGGUGGAGCGUAUGGUUUGCUUGAUGAUGCUACCCGAGAUGCAAUCAAGCUCUUAGCAGAAACGGAAGGAAUUUUGACAGACCCGGUAUACACUGGCAAGGCUAUCUCUGGAGUCAUUGGACUGACGCGAAAGAACGGGUUCGAUGGCGUAGAAAACGUCCUCUUCGUCCACACUGGUGGUACCCCAGCUCUAAGCGCAUAUCCCUCUAUGCAAUGAUCCGACUAGAAGAUCAAUGAGAUAGAAUGGAGCGAGAAGAACCAAACAUCAUCACCUCAAGGCCUUUCGUAACAAUAUUGAUGUAUGAGCGACAAACUUUGGAAAAAUCUGUACGAGAUUCAAUUAGGUGACCUGAGCUGGCUAUUUGAAAGUACAUUGUAGUCAGUCAAGGGCAGUCUCAGACCUCGCAAUCUAGGUAUUCUGGAGCAUACAGUAAUGUAGCCACAUAAGAGUAUGAAGGCCUUCCAAAUGUAUUUGCCAAAUACAACUGUAGCCUACGGGCAUAGCAAUUAGCUAACCUGACGUUAUCUCCUUAUCUGUACCUAGUAAGAGAGUCAGGUCCGACAAUCUACAAGACUCGCCAAAGCAACAUGCCACCUCGUCCAGUAUGUAUGUUCUCAUGCUGAGAAUUUGCGGCACAGUUACA